AUAGUAUUACAGAAAGUACCCAGGGAUUGUGUGUAAGAAAAGCUGCAAAGAAAUAGUUCUGGAAAGACUGUAGAACAAAUUCUGACAGGUUCCAUGUAAACAUGUAAUUUAAUCUGUAAUUAGAUUGUUUUAAAGAACUUUUUUUUAAAAAACCAUAAUCUGAGCAGAAGUGCAGGAUGUUUCAGAGCUGAUUUGACCAAUACUUGAAUAAGCAGAGAGAAUAAAAUACAAAAACCUCAAACAGUCAUUUUGUAAAUAAGUAGCAGAUCAGUCAGCGGCCAAUAGAAAGGAUAGGUUAAUGUUUUGCAAUAGGCUCUAUUUAUUUAAACUCAUGCUAUGAAAUGUUAGUCUGAGCUUGUUGACAUAGAAUUUAGCUUUACCUCUUUGUCCUUACAAUCUGAGUGACCAUGAAUUAGGAUACUUAUGGUAGCUGGCAGUCUGGUUUCACGUGACACGCUCAGUUUAAUGACCUGGUGUUCACGGUAAAGCUGCAAACAGGGAAGAGCAGCAGCCUAGAGAGCAAGACAAAGAAUUGACAAACUGUGCAGGGAUGGUCAUGUGGACUUAAAUUUGCAGAAAGACAAAGGAACGAGGAAUAACAUGGCAAACUCGCCUCUGGAACUCACUCAGAAUCCUCUGAAGAAGAUUUGGAUUCCUUGUAAAAAUGGCCUCUGUGAAGUGCACACUUCACAAAGGAAGGCAUGGAUACCACACUUGACAAACUCGCCCUCGCUCAUUGUAAUGAUGGGUCUGCCAGCCAGAGGGAAAACCUACAUAUCAAAGAAACUCACUCGUUAUUUUAACUGGAUUGGGGUCCCAACUAAAGCAUUUAAUGUUGGGCAGUAUCGACGUGACCUGGUGAAGACUUAUAAAUCCUUCGAGUUUUUCCUUCCCGACAAUGAAGAAGGUUUGCAAAUCCGAAGACAAUGUGCAUCAAAAGCCAUGAGUGAUGUGAAAAAAUAUCUCGAUGAGGAAGGAGGCCAAGUGGCAGUCUUUGAUGCCACAAACACGACACGGGAACGGAGAGAAACCAUUAUAAACUUUGCAGAACAGAAUGGAUACAAGGUAUUCUUUGUUGAGUCCGUGUGUGAAGAUCCAGAAGUUAUUGAGGCAAACAUUGUGCAAGUGAAACUGGGCAGCCCAGACUAUAGUGAUUGUAACAAUGACGAAGCUAUAUCUGACUUCCUGAAAAGGAUAGAGUGUUACCAAAACACAUAUCAGCCUCUGGAUGAAGUGACAGAUAGGGAUCUGUCUUUUAUUAAAAUCAUGGAUGUUGGACGACGAUACCUUGUCAAUCAUGUACUGGAUCAUAUUCAAAGCAAAAUUGUUUACUACCUCAUGAACAUCCAUAUAACUCCACGUUCCAUCUACCUAUGUCGCCAUGGUGAGAGUGGCCUGAACCUGAAGGGCAGGAUAGGUGGGGACUCAGGUCUUUCUGAACGAGGCAAACAGUUUGCCAACUCGUUAGGAAAGUUCAUACAGGAGCAGAACAUAAGGGACUUGAAGGUCUGGACUAGUCAGAUGAAAAGGACGAUCCAGACUGCGGAGGCUCUGAGGGUGCCUUACGAGCAGUGGAAAAUAUUGAAUGAAAUCGAUGCGGGUGUCUGUGAGGAGAUGACUUAUGAGGAGAUUCAGAAGAAUUACCCAGCAGAAUUUGCACUAAGAGAUCAAGACAAAUACAGAUAUCGCUAUCCAAAGGGAGAGGUGGGUAAUGGAAUGCUGCAGCAUCUUGCAACUGUCAAGAAAUCCGAGCUAUCUGGUAAUUUAUCUCUUUGCUGUUUGUGCAAUCUUGCAGUGUGUAUGUUGGCUGCUAUUCUUGAUAAGCAAGGGGAGGAACUCCCAUACCUGAAGUGCCCCCUGCACACUGUCUUAAAAUUGACCCCAGUGGCAUAUGGUUGUAAAGUUGAAUCCAUUUUCCUCAAUAUUGAAGCUGUCAACACACACAGAGAAAAGCCAGAGAAUGUUAAUGUGAAUCGGUCGGAGGAGGAAGCGCUGAAGACUGUUCCAAUCCAGUAUCCAACUGCUCACUCCGAGCACGGACAAGAUUGAAGCUGAGUGCUCAUUGGGAUCGGACAGUGGAGGAUCUGAGACCAGGGGCACGUAUGGAUCCCAUUCGAGCUGACUUUAAAGAAGUAACCAUGUCUUCAGCUGGUAGCUUGCAUAGAUGUUCAAGCAGCGCCCCCAGCCGUUUGUAACAUUUAUGCCCUGUCACUUGACGACUGCCAGAACUGUGAUUCCGUGAGCUCGCUUUGUGUGUUUGUGCAUAUGUUGUGACAGCUGAUGAAGCAAUUUAUGAACCUGGUGCCUUGAAAUGUUUUUCUUUUUAACACAAAACAAUACAAGUGACACUCAAUAUAAAGAUUACAGUUUUGGAUGUAAGGAAAUUUAAUGUGAAAUAAAUUUUAGCAUGAGCUUC